CAAUGCUGAGGGACUGUGAUCGGUGCAGGAAGUCAUGACAAACCCAAAACAUCACCUGUGACAGCACACACCUGUCACAGGUGAACUCAACUAUACUGCACGAGCGAAUAAUAAUAAUGCACUGUAGAGUUGUUUUCUAAAUAAACGUGCAUCUUGAUUUGCUUUUGACUCUCGUGCAUUAGUGCAGUCUUAGUAAAGAGAACUUUAAAAACACUGUCAUCAUAAGGAGAUAUCGAGAAGGUGUUUAAGAUGAUCAGGAGAGUUAGUAAAGUCGUUUUAAGUGUCGAACAGGCUGAAGGUGUCGGGGCUCGAGUUCGCAGGAGUAUUGGAGGGAGAGAGUUGAAGAAUCUCGAUCCUUUCUUGAUGCUUGAUGAAUUCCGUGUAGGCAAACCUGCGGGCUUUCCUGAUCACCCUCACCGUGGAUUUGAGACGGUUACGUAUUUGUUGAGUGGAUCGUCGGCCCAUGAGGAUUCCAGUGGUCGCAGCGGGAAGUUGGAACCUGGUGACCUACAGUGGAUGACAGCAGGGCGUGGGGUGAUUCAUGCUGAGAUGCCUGUGUCAGAUGAACCCAUUCAUGGCCUACAGCUUUGGGUGAACUUGAAGGGUGCAGAUAAGAUGGUGGAGCCGCAGUACCAGGAGCUAAAGAGCAAAGAGAUCCCCAAACCAAGCAAAGAUGGAGUCACCGUGAUAGUCAUCUCGGGGGAAGCACUUGGAGUAAAGUCAAAGAUUUACACAAGAACUCCAACCAUGUACCUGGACUUUAAACUGAAGAAAGGUGCAAAGCAUGUGCAGCCUGUACCCAAAGGUUGGACAGCUUUCAUCUACACCAUCGUAGGUUCUUUAUGCACUGGCCCAGAUGAUGAUCCUCGGACAAUUGAGCCACACCACACAGUGGUUUUUGAAGAUGGUGAAUGCAUCAGAGUGGAAAACAAGACAGUUGAGGAAUCUCACUUUGUGUUAAUUGCUGGUGAACCCAUAAAAGAGCCUGUGGUUCAGUAUGGGCCCUUUGUCAUGAACACACAGGAAGAGAUUAAUCAAGCCAUCGGAGAUUACAGAUCAGCCACUAAUGGAUUUGAGAGAGCAAAAGUUUGGAAGUCAAAGAUUGGUCAAAAAUUCUAAGCUUUUCUCAAAGCUUCCGUUUGUGUUCCUAUAGCUUAUUAUAUACAAUGCAAUACUAAAUAUACAGUACAGUGAAUAAUGUGUGGUUUAAAUGUAGAAAUAAAGGUAAAAUAUCAUUUUGAAAUGAUAAAGAAUAAGCUGUUUAACAAAAUGAAUACAAAAGGAUUUGGACUUUUUUUGGUUGUCAAACAUUAGUGGAACAUGUCCUUAAAUAUGCUGAACUCCACCUGUGGACAGUUGUGUGAACUUGAGGAAAACUGACUUCAUAUAUCUACUAAAAAGUUAUUGGUUAAAAGUAAAGUUAGUUCAGAGAAAAGUCUAGCAGCAUUUGUUUGUAGAUACUAUUUGCUUUGAUAUCUUAUUAAAGGAAUGUCAUUUAGACAUUUAAGUGUGGCUUAAGUGUCCAAAAGUGUCAUAUAUAUAUAUAUAUAUAUAUAUAUAUAUAUAUAUAUAUAUAUAUAUAUAUAUAUAUAUAUAUGGGUUAUUGACAAAUAAGUUUGUCAUAAUGCACUUUAUUUUUUUAUUUUUUUUGUUUUGUCCAGACUUAUUAAAUUACUCAAAAAUAUAUUACAAAUGCAAUUACUUAAAUUACACCUCUUCUAUGAAAAACAUGAUUUCAAUUAUUGAGUUCAGUCAUUUUAUUUGACUUUUUUUCUUCUGGAGUUUACAAUAAAAAAAUUUCAAGUGGUGUAACUCUCCGGACAGUAAAAUGAAAAAAUAAAAAAAGUCUAAUUAAAAGCUAAAAUUCUUCAAAAAAACAAAAAUAAAUGUUGGCAUGAGUAGUGCAGAAUAAUCUUUUUAUUAUUAUUUCUUUAAAAAAUGCUUUAAAACUAUUUUAUUUAAAAAUAUGAUUAUUGUUUAAAAAAUAAAAAGAAUCCGCAGAAAAUCUAAGUCAUGUAGUGUAGCCAAAAUGCAUGUUGCCAUUUACGUGACAAAAUGUAGCCAUUUUUUUUUUUUUUUUUUUUGCCCAUAUCGUAAAACAUGACAUUUUUAUGAAAAGGCCCAUUUUUGUUUUGGUCAUUUGGUGUAACCCUGAGAUAUUUUGUUAUUCUUGACUCAAAAAUGUAUUAUGAUUGUAAAAUAAAUAAAUACAAUAAAAUUUCACCUGGAAAAAUUCUCUCCUCAUUUACUCACCCUCGUGCCAUCCCAGAUGUGUAUGAUUGUUUUCUUCUGCUAAACACGAUUUUCAGAAGAAUAUCUCAUCUCUGUAGGUUCAAACAGUGCAAGUGAAUGGUGGCCAGAACUUUGAAGGUCCAAAAGCACAUAAAGGCAGCAUAAAAGUAAUCCAUACGUGGUUUAAUCCAUGUCUUCAGAAAUGAUAUGAUAGCUGUGGGUGUGAAACAGAUCAAUAUUUAAGUCCUUUUUUUUUUUUUUUUUAACCAUGAAUCUCCACUUUCACUUUCACAUUCUUUGUGCAUAUUGUCACCUACUGGGCAGGGAGGAGAAUGUAAAGAAAGAAUUACUUAAAUAUUGAUUUGUUUCUCACAAACACCUAUCAUAUCACUUCUGAAGACAUGGAUUAAACCACUGGAGUCAUAUGGAUUGUUUUACGCUGCCUUGAUGUGCUUUUUGGAGCUUCAAAAUUUUGGUACCAAUUCACUACAGAACAGAGAUAUUCUUCUAAAAAUCUUCAUUUGUGUUUUGCAGAAGAAAGAAAGUCAUACACAUCUGGGAUGGCAUGAGGGUGAAUAAAUGAUGAGAUAAUUUUCAUUUUGAACUA